AUGGCAUUCGCUUGGAAAGCCGCCGGCCUCUCCUACAACCGCUACAUUGCGGUCGCAUCCCGCGCCGUCCGCCGCUCCCUCAAGGAGGACAAGAGGAUCGCCGCCGAGCGACGAGGCGAGAGCGAGCUCAGGUUCGCCAAGUGGGAGAACGGCAAACAGGGCGAGGCCAAGAACCUGGCCGAGGCCACCGCUGCUUCGGCGGAGAGCGCAGCAUCGUCCUAG